AAAGGUAGAGCAGGAUACUUCGAAAUCGCAUGCCACAUGUCUCAAAACAGGACUCCAAAGACAAGGAGUGGAAGAGCAGCCCCAGAUACCACACAAAAGACGCCCCCCUGGAAACGGACACCGUCUUCAUCGUCCCACGGGGUCAUCCAUUCGUGACGGUGGCAUCCAAGAACAGCAAUAUGGAGAUCCUCUGCUUUGAGGUGAAUGCAGAGGGGAACAUCAGGUACUCUCUUGCGGGAAAGAGGAACAUCGUGAAGCUCUUUGAAAAGGAAGCAAAAUAGUUGGUCUUUAAGAGCAAGGUAGAAGAGGUGGAUCAGGUGCUUAAUAACCAAGAUGAGAAGAUGUUCUUCCCUGGUCCAAGGCAAGAAGGAGGCCACUCAUAUGUAUGAAAGGGGAUGGGUUAAGGGUGAUAGCAGUAGGGGAAAUGGGGAAGGCUUGCUAGGUUUGAUGAGUUAUGUAAAGAAGGCCUUGGGUGGUUUGUUUUCGUGCGUUGGUGUAAUCUAGGGAAGGAAUAAUGAUGUAUGUAGCUGUCUGGAGAUGGGUGUUAACCCUUUUCUGUGAAAUGAAAAUGAAAAGUGUAG